AUGAGCGCAAUUAUCCCAAGUCCACCUCCUGCGAGUGAAACUGUUGGACUAUUCGUCCAAGAAUUAACACCUAUUGGAAACAGUCUUGUUGGGUCAUUCUUUGUAGGCUUAAUACCACUAUUACUCGUUCUUGUUCUCUUAGGUAUCUUCAAAGUACCUGCUCAUUAUUCUUCUGCCUCUGGACUUGUAGUUUGUAUAUUCAUUGCUAUAUUUGCUUGGCAUAUGCCAGCACAAAAAGCGUUCGAAUCUAUAGGCAAUGGAAUUGUAUUUGCAAAUUGGCCUAUUAUGUGGAUAGUAGUGAAUGCAAUGUUUAUUUAUAACACCGCUGUUUACUCUGGAAUUUUUGAAUACUUUCGUCGAUGGAUGCUGACUUAUACGCCUCCAGAUAAGCGUAUCAUCUUGCUUAUUGUUGGAUAUAGCUUUGGUGCUCUCUUGGAAGGUGUUGCUGGAUUUGGAACUCCUGGUGCCAUUUGUUCUUCAUUGAUGGUGUCGUUAGGAUUUGAUCCACUAGAUGCGCUGACGUAUACGCUGAUUUUCGAUACAACGCCUGUCGCAUUUGGCGCUUUAGGUAUUCCAGUUACAACAUUAGCUGCCAUCACAGGAUUACCUGUUAUGAAGUUGUCUGCCAUGAUGGGCCGUCAGUUACCUCUGCUUAGUCUGUUUUUGCCUUCCUAUGCUUUAAUCUUUUAUGCAGGAUUCCGUGCAGGGUUCUUGGAAUGCUGGCCAGCUGCAUUAGUAGCAGGGCUAUCGUUUGCAGUGAUACAGGCUAUUUUUGCAAAUUUAGUGGGUCCAGAGCUCCCUGAUUUGAUCGCUGGAUUGGUAUCCCUAAUCUCACUGAUUGCCUUUGUUCAAUUUUGGAAACCCAAAUAUAGGCCAGAAUAUCAUGCAAAGCUUAUAGGAACAGAUCGUACUCGUACGGAUGAAGAAAGUCAUCAUAUGGGUAGUAUUCAUUCAAGCACAGAACCCAAAGAAGAAAAGGAACAGAUUGAGGAUGUAAACCAGCAGACUGAAAAGGAUCAUCCAAGUAUGGAAAUUCAAAAACCAAAUCUUAGAGAAACCCUGUUAGCUUGGAGUCCCUGGACAAUCAUUGUCAUUGUCGUUAUUGUGUGGACAUUUGCCAAAGUCAAUAGCUAUGGGAGAGUCUUGGUUCAUUGGCCACACCUUCACCAGGAAGUGUACCUUACUCUUUAUCAGAAAAAAUACGAUGCAAUAUGGACAUUUGAGCCCUUAGCUACUGGAACUGCCAUCCUUGUUUCGGCAAUACCAUUCUGUGCACUUGUAUUAUGGAAUGGAUCUCAUCCUAGAGUGUUUUGGAUGGCCCUUAGAGAUACAGCAAAGCAGUUAUUUUUGCCUAUUCUCACAGUAUCGUUUAUCAUGGCUUUUGCUUAUCUUUACAAUUACUCUGGUAUUGCCUACACAAUAGGUUUGACCCUUUCAUCUGUAGGCAGAGCGUUUCCUUUUCUUUCAGCCUGGUUAGGAUGGUUUGCUUGUUUCUUAUCUGGAAGCGAUACUUCGGCCAAUUCACUCUUUGGUAAUCUUCAAGUUGUAGCAGCAAAGGAAAUUGGAUUAUCUGCUAUCUUAAUGGCAUCCACAAACUCUAGUGGUGCAAUUACAUCCAAAAUGAUUUCACCACAAAAUUUAACUACAGGUGUAUCGACCAUUGGACUACAAGGUCAAGAGGGUAGGGUACUAAGACGCACUAUUUUUCAUUCUGUCUUUAUGGUAUGCUUAGUUGGUGCCAUGGCUUGUGUACAACAAUAUGGCAUACCUGGAAUUAUUCCACCUUAA